UCAUGGAGGCGACUGCCUGUGCAGAUGAAUACGAACAUGCUAUACCUGGUGUCAUGUACACAGUACAUAAUAUACCAGGUCCUGGAAUAGAUCUGGAAGAGUUCGAAUCAGAAUAUUCAUUAGGUUGCUCAUGUACAAUUCAGUGUUCCAACUGUUUCUGUACACGUGGUUCGCCGAAUUAUAAAGAUGAUUGUAUACUAGAUGAAAAAUUAUCAGGGCCAAUAGUUGAGUGCAACCCUCAUUGUACUUGUGGAGAAAAUUGUAAUAAUAGAGUGGUACAGAAUGGUCCAGUGGAUAGUCUAAUUGUGUCAGAGAUCGAUGGAAAAGGACACGGUUUGUUCACGAGUAAACCCAUUAAGAAAGGUCAAUUCAUUUGCGAAUACGCUGGGGAGGUGGUAGGUAUCGAGGAAGCAAGGCGUAGAGUCGAAGCGAAUAAAAAUACCAUGAAUUACGUUCUUGUCGUUUCUGAACAUAUCGAGGAUCGAGUAAUAGUGACGUGCAUAGAUCCUAAAUAUUUUGGCAAUAUCGGAAGAUACUCCAAUCAUAGUUGCGAUCCAAAUAGUAAUCUUGUACCUAUUCGAGUCGAAGGACCAGUACCUCGAUUAUGUUUGUUCGCAUCCAGAGAUAUAGAGAUAGGCGAAGAGAUAACUUUUAACUAUGCCGGCGGAGUUACUAAUUCCGUCCAUAAUCUCAGUCAUACACCCUGUCUUUGUGGCUCCAACAACUGUUCUGGCUAUCUGCCUCAUAAUACUAUUUAAGACUGUUAAGCCUUUUGAUAAAUUUAUCGAAAAGCCUUCAGUAAAUUUGUACGACUGGAAAGAAUUGAAUCUGGAUCGAUCAUAAAGUUGUGUAAAUAUAAAACAGUUUUGGUAAUUUUUAUUUAUUCGUUGUUUAUUUAUCAUUUAUCGAGAAAAAAAAUAUAUAUAAUAUUAUUUUGCAACAAGUUAGUAUCCUGAAAGAAUAUUUAUUUUUAGUAAGAAAUGAAUAGUUGAAUAUCAAAUUCGUGAUAUUAUGUUUGUUAUAGCGUGUAGAAAAUUAGUGUGCUAAUAGUAUAGAAAAAUUAUAAUUUUUUCUUAUUAAUAUAGGAAAAUAGCAGAGUAAAGGAAUGUUACUUUGAUCAUUAUAAUUAUAUUUUCUAUUAUAGCUUUCUUGUGUAUUCGUUUACACUGAUACAUAUUAGGAAAGAUAAUGGGGAUAGGGAUAUUUUUGUGAAUAUAACAAUUGUUAACUUUAACAUAUUGUAAAUUAAAAAAAAAAUCAUUACAAGAAAGAUUGUGAUUCUCAGUAGAUUUAAGGAUAUAACGUGAAUUAUAAUUAAGAAAUGAUUUAUCAUAAAAUCAUGAUUUUAUAGUGAAAUUAAAAAGGUGAUGUACUAAUAUAUUACUCUAACUAAAACUAUUAAGAAUGAUACAAUAUCAUUGUUACUCGAGCCUCGAUUUAAUAUUCUUUGUUAUAUACGUACCAAACAUUUUUGUAAUAAUUGAUAUAUGUUAAAAACAUAUUAUAUAAGAAUGCGUGUAUAGUAAAACAGUUAAGCACAGUAUAUAUCAAUUUUCCAACGAAAUAAAACAUUCGUGCGUUUUAAGUAA